AUGUCCUUGAAUCCGGCUGAUGGUUUUGUUUGGCCGUGGCAAUACAAUUUCCCGCCGUUUUUCACCCUCCAACCAAAUGUCGAAACUCGAAGAAAGCAAAUAAAUGCAUGGUGUCAAUUAGUAAUUGAUUAUUUCAAAAGCAGAAACCAAUUCUCUGUCAGUGUUGCCGCCAUUCGUGAUCCCACUUGUCCUCUUUUUAAUAAUAAGAGUAUCCAACGUUCAGCCAGUCCAGAUUUAAUUGCCCUCAUAUUGGAUGAGUUGUGUAGGCGUGGAAAUCUGGAGUGGCUUGAUAAAUCUCAUAACAACGCUAGGAUUGUUUGGCGAACAUCUGAAGAAUGGGCUGAUCUGAUUUCUAAAUGGGCUCGAUCAACUGGCCAUGGAAAUUCAGUUUGCACAUUUUAUGAGCUAACUGACAGUGAUAAUACAAGACAAGAGGCUUUUCAUGGACUUGAUAUAACGGUUUUGAUAGAUGCGUUGACUGUACUGCAGAAACGUGGCAAAGCUGAAUUAAUGGGAGAUGCAGGUGUUAAGUUUUUCUGCUAG